UCCAUUUCCGCCCAUGCGAUCGAUUUCUCUUAUCAAUGGUUCGUCCUCCCGAGUACUGUGAUGAUCAAUUUCUGUAUUUCUUCUUUCAUCUAGAGCUACUCUGCCAGUUCAAAUUCGUCUGAAGUUCCUAUGGGCCACCUCUCAAGUCUCGAUACCUAUCGCCGAAAUCGACACAAAUUUCCAUGUUGGCCGCCAUUAUCACUACCCUAAUUCAAGCCAGGUGUUUUUUCUUUUUUGUUUUUUUUUUGAAUUGGUUGUGAAUUCGGGUGUUAUAAUGAACGUCACUUUGCUUGAUUCUGGCGCGAUUGUGGAGAGCUGAAUUAGAUUAGUGAGGAUGAAAAAAUGGGAGAUAUGAAUUGAGAGAUAGAACGGGCUCUUUUCGAUCGAUUUGGAGAAUUUUCUGACUGCGGCCAUUGUUUUCUUUUAUGUUUAUAUAAAAAGCUUAUUUUAUGGUCCAUUUCAUGCGUUGUUCGAAUCAUUUCUCUUUUUUUAUGAGUAACUAUGUGGUUACCUCUGCCAUUUGUAAAAGAGUUUAUCAGAAUAUUUCCUCUAAAUGUUUGCAUUCCUCUCACCAAUAUAAACAAGAAAAACCCUUCUCACGAUUCAAUAGAAAGUUGAGGAAGGGAACUAAGGGAGUUAAGAAGGAAGAAUUAGAUCCAACGCCUUACACUAGAGAUACAGUGAGGAACAUAUACAAUAUUCUGAGAAAUUGUUCAUGGGGUUUUGCUCAAGGACACAUCGAGACGCUCCCUAUAAGAUGGGACUCUUAUCUCAUCAACCAGGUUCUGAAAACGCACCCUCCAUUGGAGAAGGCAUGGUUGUUCUUCAAUUGGGCCUCUAGGCUGCAAAACUUCAGGCAUGACCACUAUACUUACACAACGAUGCUGGAUAUUUUUGGGGAAGCUGGGAGGAUUUCAUCCAUGAAUUAUGUAUUUCAACAGAUGAAGGAGAAGGGGAUAAAGAUAGAUGCAGUUACAUAUACUUCAUUAAUGCACUGGCGUUCGAAUUCGGGAGAUGUUGAUGGAGCUAUAAGGGUUUGGGAGGAAAUGAAAGCCAAUGGAUGCUAUCCGACGGUAGUUUCUUAUACUGCUUAUAUAAAGAUUUUGUUGGACAAUGGCCGAGUUAGGAAGGCUACUGAUGCAUACAAGGAGAUGCUUCAAUCUGGGCUAUCUCCAAAUUGCUGUACUUACACAGUCUUAAUGGAAUACCUUAUUGGCGAGGAUAAAGGCAAAGAAGCCCUUGAUAUUUUUCACAAAAUGCAAGAUGCUGGAGCAUAUCCUGAUAAAGCGGCUUGCAAUAUAUUGAUUCAGAAAUGCUGUAAAUCAGGGGAGAUGCUAGUAAUGACACAAAUCCUUGAGUACAUGAAAGAAAAACGCCUUGUGCUUCGGUACCCUGUGUUUGUUGAAGCACAUGAAAUUUUAAAAAGUUGUUCUGUAAGUAUUACUCUACUCAGCCAAGUUAAUCCUCAUAUAGAAAUUGAAUCAGUCAGUAAGGGUGAGGUUGUGGAUGUUAGUACAAGUUGUAAUGUUAUUCUUCCCAGUGUAGAUUAUGAGCUUGUGGCAAAUCUGUUGAAGGAGGAGAAACUUAUUGCUGUUGACCACAUACUGAUUGGGAUGAAAGAUAAGAACAUACAGUUGGAUUCUUCUAUUAUUUUAUCCAUUAUUGAGGUGAAUUGCAAACGUAAUCGACCUAAUGGUGCUCUGCUGGCUUUCGACUACUGUUUAAAAAAUGGUGUUAAAGUUGAGAGAAAUCUGUAUCUUGGCUUGAUCGGGCUUCUCAUACGAUCAAGUAUAUACUCAAAGCUGUUGGAAGUUGUUCAGGAAAUGUAUACGAAAGGGCAUUGCCUUGGACUCUAUCAUGCCACACUUACACUUUAUAGGCUUGGCAAAGCUGGAAAACCUCAAUAUGCAAGGAAAGUUUUUAAUAUGUUGCCUGAAGAAUUGAAGUGCACUGCAACUUACACUGCUUUGGUUGCUGCUUAUUUCUCUGCUGGAAGUUUUGGUAAAGGACUUAAAAUUUACGAAACGAUGCGAAAGAAAGGAUUUACACCAUCAUUAGGCACAUAUAAUGUGCUGUUAAGUGGUCUUGUGAAGAGCGAUAGAGUUGCUGAAUUAGAUAUUUAUAGAAGGGAGAAGAAGAUUUUCGAGAUCAGUCAUCAUUCUCAUCACGGUACGAUAUUGGAGGAAGAAAGGAUUUGUGACCUUCUUUUUGGGGAAUUUGUAUCUUGAGGCCCACAAUGAUUUUCCUGCAUUGGUUCCUGGUCGUGGCUGCUUAGGUACUCAUGUUUACGACCUUUGCUUUUCAGCACAAUGGAGGCGUAGAAUCAGAAUAGAGUCAUGAAGACUAUGAUGAAAAGAAGGGAGCAAAAAUGAUGGAAUCAUCGUUAUAUGAGAAGAAAAAGGAACUGAUGGAGAAGAUGAUAUAUAUUUAAGUGAUACAAUGGAUGGAU